CAUUGAUCAUGUGUCGAAACUGGUCAAUGAGUCCAAGCGUUGGGUAGAGAGAUCUAAAUAUCACCGGAUGGUAAUUGCUUUUGACGCCUCCGCGUGUCGCGCAUCACGUCCAGGCAUACGAAGGAUGAAACCGUAUGCAUAUCAAUAUUCUUCAUUAUUCAUAGGUCAACUGUUCAUCACAAUAUUCCUAAACCGUACCACACGGCACCAUCCGUUCAGCCCUCAUCAACACAAACCAACCCCGUACAACUCAUCGGAAAGGUACUCCAUGUGCCCCUUUCCCGUGCACCACUGAAGGGAUCCCAAAAGCAACGCCCCAACGGCCAUGCGAGCGUCUAACACAGUCUAGCAUCAAUAUACACGGCAAGUCAUGAAGUCGUAAACGCAAACGCAAACCAAGAGAGAUGUAUGUGCUCAUGCCAUGU